CCUCUCCCCGGAACACCUAAACGCAGCAUUCAGCUCGCGCAAAUCCCUUCCGUUAAUCGGCUCCCGCCGGCUGGCAGGGAUCCAGGCAUCAUGCAGUGUACCGCGGGCGGCGUCACAUCGGAGCAGACCGUGCACUUCCUCGGAGGACAGACACACGCGGCCGUGCCCACCGAUCUAUGGCGUUGAGAAUGGAUUUAAGUGCCAUCAUAGAGCAGAUGGAGACGGGGGAGCAGGACGCAGCCCUGACGGCUCUGCAGGGCUACAACAAGGAGAUGAACCAGUGCUUUACAUUCAGCAGGGAAGAGGAGCGGGACAGAGAGGAAGGGGAGAUACAAAAGCACCUGGGGGAGUUGGUUCUCGGCUUCCUCGGCAGGGAGUUGCAGCCUUCCUGUCAGCUGGCCUGUCUAGAAACGGUUCGCAUCCUGUCGAGGGACAAAGACGGCCUGGACCCCUUCAUCAGCCGCUCGGCCAUGUCCACCCUCGCUCGCUACGCUGGCAUCACCAAGCCGAUGGAGGACCAAGUGGAGUGUGAGGGGGAACAGGCGGAGGACGUAUCCAGUGAGUUGGUGAAGGAAGCCUCCCCUCCCUCAGAAAAUGCUGAUCAGGAAGUGAUUGUUGAGGCUCUUAAGUCCAUAUGUAACAUCCUGCUACACAACGAGACGGGACAGGUGGUAGCAGCAGAUCUGCAGCUGAUAAAGGGUGUGUCCAAGAGGCUGAAACAGUGUCACGGUCCCACCUGGAACCAUGAGGUGCGUUUCUUUGAUUUGCGCCUCACCUUCCUGCUGACUGCCCUCAGAGUGGACGUCCGGGCACAGCUGGCUCAGGAGCUUCAUGGCAUCAGUCUGCUAGGCAACCAGUUGGAUGCCACGCUGGAUCUGUGUUGGCCAGACACAUUGGAGACGGCCAGGGCCGGGUUAGAGGACGUCCCACCCGAAGAACUACCUCCACUGAGCCGGCAACAGAUAGAACUGGCCAUGGAAAUACUAAAGAUACUGUUCAACAUCACAUUUGACACAGCAAGGCGUAAGGUCGACGAGGAGGAGGCGGCAGGGUACAGACACCUGGGAGCCAUCCUGAGACACUGUCUGAUGAGCCGUGCCGAUGGAGAGGAGCGGACCGAGGAGUUCCACAGCCACACUGUUAACCUGCUGGGUAACCUCCCCCUGCCCUGUCUGGACGUGCUGCUGAUGCCCAAGGUGCAACAAGGCUCCAUUGAGUACAUGGGGGUUAACAUGGACGCCGUCAGCAUGCUGCUGGAGUUCAUGGAGAAAAGACUUGACCGAGGCCAUAAGCUGAAGGAGACCCUCCUCCCAUCACUAAACCUGCUGACUGAAAGUGGCCGCAUCCACAGAGAGACCAGGAAGUUCCUCAGGUCAAAGGUGCUGCCCCCACUGCGUGAUGUGAGGAACAGGCCGGAGGUGGGCAGUGCUCUGAGGAACAAACUGGUCCGCCUGAUGACGCACAUCGACACGGAUGUCAAGGACUGUGCUGCCGAGUUCCUCUUCGUUCUCUGCAAAGAAAGUGUGCCAAGGUUCAUUAAGUACACUGGAUACGGUAACGCUGCAGGUCUGCUGGCUGCGAGAGGACUGCUCCGGGGGGGCAGAGAGUCUGGGAUCUACUCCGAGGACGAAGACUCGGAGACCGAGGAGUACCGAGAGGCCAGGGCUCAAAUAAACCCAGUCACAGGAGUCGUGGAAGAGGAGCAGCCUAAUCCCAUGGAGGGGAUGACAGAGGAGCAGAAGGAAUAUGAAGCCAUGAAGCUGAUCAGCAUGUUUGACAAACUGUCAAGGAACAAUAUGAUCCAGCCCAUGCAGCUCCGUAUGGACGGCACGAUGCGAGAGAUGACUUCCGACGACUUGCAGAAACUGACCCACAAUCCCGCGGUCCAACCAGACGAGCCGACAAACUCGGGCAGUGAAGACGAGGCUCCGUGAGCGCGGAAAAGCAGCUGUAGGCCCCCCCCCCCAGUGACAGUCCUGGCAGAUCCGUCUGAUUAUUUAAAGUGUUCACACGGGCGACGGUUCAAACCUGCACACGUGUGUUUAUGCUGUUGGAAGGUGAAGUGUGCACAGUUAGUUUAGUCAGAGUAACACUGCAGCGUGGAGGACAUGAUGGGAGACACCUUCAAAGACCAGGACGCGUCACUACCAGUCGCCUGUGUGAUGGUUUACCACUUUCCAAAGAUCACACUAUUGAACAUAAAAGACGAUGUGACUACAUGAAAUGACAUUAAAUUUGGUCAUUUCCUCCAUGAGAAUUGUCCCUCUCAAAAUCUCAGAUAGCGGAGCAGCCCUGAGCACCACAUCCCCGAGUCCAGCGCCAACAAUUGACAAUUGAUCAUGCGCUUUAAAAAAAGUGGUAAACAUUCAUUGCAGGUGGUACAGCUGAGCGGGUCACACCGCCGACUUUGGCACAGAAGGUCGGGUUUUCGAUUCCAGGUCAUCCCAGUGUGGGCCCCCCCUUAAUGCUGCCUGCCCUCAAUGAUGGCAUGUUACUUUGGACAGAAGCGUCAGCGAAAAACAAUGCGACGUAAUCUGUAGGAGACAAAAUAUUAGGAACGCGUCAACAUUGUCAUUUAAAUCAUGCUCCUGUCCAGAUGAGUAGAACUAGUACACACACACACACACACACACACACGGGAAGACAGAAAACACGGCUUUGUUUCCACAAGCAAGUCAUUUAUUGCUAAGGUCUCACUCAUCACAUGCUCAUCUUACUUCAACCGGAUCAGACAUUAGUAACACACAGCGCUUGUGUACCUGAGCUCUCCGCACGCGGUUUUAGGCUCCAGGAUAAAUCAGCGCCUCCCUGACAUGAAAUCGGAAGCUCAAGCACUCCACAAAGGUGUGUGGCUCACGACAGGUCUUUGCCGUCGAUGUCAAAUAGCCACAGUGUGAAAUGACACCGUACAGUUUAAAAAGCUAAUUACAAACACAACAAACAAGCUGGCCGACACCAAAACCCACGGCCGUCGCGUUAAUCCUGAAUAGUUUGGAUUGGAAUAGGUUGAGGCCGCGAAGUCAUCAUUUGGUCUGUAAUCAGCAAAGUUCCGAAUGCAACGUUGGAAAACGGCGCCGUGCACCUUCCACAGUGACGAAAACCUCGGUUGCCGUCACACCGACAUGUUUUUCUGUUUGCAUCGCCGAUCUGUGACUGCAGGAAGCGGUGGUGUGUUCGCGGUGGAAACACGCCUGCAUCUCUGUUAGAAGUCGAACACUUGCUGGAGCUUUCCAUGAUCAGACGGAGAAGUGUCAUUUCUGCUCUGCGCUGUUUGGAAUGUUGGAAUCGGCUCUACUUUUGAACGAGUUUUAGACGCCUGCCCCUCAGAUGUUUUAUUUUUAGAAGUGGAAUGUGAAACUGCCGACUGAUGAGUAGUGAGUUUUAGACGGCGAUGAGUUGUUCUUAUGCAAAGAAAGAGUCUGUAAUCAGAAACACAUCGUGCGAUUGAUUUGCCCCUUUAUCUUGUUGUUGUAUAGCUGCCGACUAUCAUGGGCUGUAAUAUCCAUUAAAUGUCUUUGAACGACA